AGAGUACUCCCUAUAGACCACAUGUACCUACACGGUCUUUCUUAAGAUUCUCUAAAGGGGAUUCAACCGAUUACACUGCUCGUCGGUUUCCAUUACUACGGGUAUUGGAUGUGGUAGAUGAAUAUCCCAAAGAUGAGAUUCUACAACUAAUUAACUCAAGAUAUGUUGCUUGCAUGGGUCCAUUGAUGUUGAUGCCGUCUUCUAUAUCACGUCUUUGGAGUCUACAUACAUUAGUUGUUUAUCAAGAGUUGAGCCUACCAAGUGAGAUAUGGCAGAUGCCCCAACUUCGACAUGUUGAGGGAAGUAGUAUUAUUCUCCCCGAUCCUCCACCUCCAGAUGAUGUCCACAAAAUUAUAAUUCUUGAGAAUCUACAAACACUUUCAACAGUAGAAGAUUUCAAAUGCACUGAAGAGGUAAUUAAAAGAAUCCCAAAUCUGAAGAAGUUGGAAGUUGUUUGUGGGACAAUUGGAUCUAAUUGUGUAAGAAAUCUUGGCCUUCUACAGAAACUCGAAGUACUUACUCUAUCAUGUUCUCCUUGUGGUAGAGAAAUUGUCUUCCCAUAUUCACUGAAAGAGCUGAGGCUACAUGGAUGCAAGAUUCCUUGGGAAGAUAUGUCAGUUAUUGGUUCGCUGCCAAACCUUGAAGUUCUCAUGUUAUUCAGAAAUGCUGCUAUAGGCCAAAAGUGGAUUCCAAAUGAAGGCGAAUUUGCUCGACUGAAGUACCUGUUGAUUAAUCAGUGUGAGUUGGAGAUAUGGGAAGCAGACAAUACCCAUUUCCCAUGUCUUGAGAUUCUAAGUCUUGGAUACUUAAACCUCAAGGACAUCCCGUCAGAAUUUGCUGUAAUAUUACCACUUAAGACAAUUCGCUUAAAUUGCAAUAUAAACAAUGAUCUUAUUUUAGCAUCUGCAAAUGAAAUAUCAGAGCAACGAGAGAUUAUAGGAUAUGAUGCUAUUCAAGUUCUAAAUAGUACAUAUGGAGUGCUCAGAAUUUGGGUACAAAGAGGUAUUAAUCUUGCUGUUGGUGGCGACGGCCGCAUCGGAGAUCAUUUUGUUGUUAUCACGACGGGGGAAAAGGUUUUGUGUUCUUACUUUGUGAUUGUGUUUUGUUAUUUUUUAAUGUUCUUUUUACCUACACCAAAAUAUUCUUCUAAACAAAAAGCAAUUAGAAUUAUUUAUAUUCAAAGAACAUUGUGUCUUGUUGUAUUUAAAAUUAUUGGUGUUGUCUUUCUCUUGGUGGCUUUCAUUGCUUAUGAUUUCAUAUUGAGGGUGGAGACUCGUGUUGUGGCGAACGGUGUUAAUCCUGAAUGGGAUGAUAAACUCAGAAUUGUGAAUUCAAGUCAAAGUCAUCAAGUUACUUUGACGGUGUAUGACCAGAAUAAGUUGAGCAACAUAGAUGAAAAGAUUGGAGAAGCAGAGUUUGAUAUUGGACCAUUGGUAGAAGCCACAAAGAUGAAUCCAAAUGGCUUUCCAAAUGGUACAAUAAUCAGAAGAAUAAUGCCUUCAUGCUCCAAUUGCCUUGCUAAAGAAAGUUUUCCUUUUUGGAAAGACGGGAUAGUAAUGCAGAAGAUGUGUCUGAAACUGAAAAAUGUUGAAUGUGGAGAAAUAGAACUCCUAAUCUGGUGGGUUAUUUAA